ACUUCCGGGUGAGAGCGGGGUGGGGAGUGUUGUGCAUGCCGCGCGGUCGUCUCUGUCCUACCCAGUGGUUGGGCAGCAUCGCGCGGCGCCAGGCGCCGAUGGCCGCCUCGCAGGAACAGAGGAAGACUUCUGACUCGAUUUGGAUGAAAGCAAGAAAGAAAAAACUUGUGCCUUCUACCUGGCAGCAUCAGUGGUCCCUGACUGUGCACAGCACACGCAGUGCUCAUCUUCACAACAUCUGACAAAGAGGAAUAGUACGCUGCAAACCUGCAGAACAUCUCUAGAAAGAAAAACAGUCUCAUCUGCGUGAAUGUCCUUAUAGCUCUGAGAGAGGUUGCUAGGUGUUUUUUUUUUUGUUUUUUUUUUGGUUUUUUUUUUUUUUGAAGAUUUCUCUAUUUUGCAUAUGUCAGAGCUAUAAAGAACUCUCAGAACAAGCAUUCUGAAAGUGAAGCAUAUUCAGCUUGACAGCUCUUAGGCUUCAAUAAUAAACUUUCCUAUGCGAACUGCAUUUUCCAUUUCAGAACUUUACUUGAUACAGUGAGCUAAAAGUGAAGUGAUUCAUUUUGGUGAUGGCACUUUUUUCUCAAUCCUGUCAGUAUGGUUUACAGGCUUUGCUGUGGAAGAGCCGUGUGUUCUGGCCUGCUUCAAGAUGCCGUCAACUGUUUGCUGCCUCUUUUGGCAUCCCAAAAAGGGACAAGGUUAGCUAUUUCAGCUUUAUGACAUCUUCCAGCACUGCUUUACCAGUGGAUCCCCAAGGGACUGAUGCCUGUCCAGCGAAGAAAAGGUCUGAAAUUGAUUAUGAAGAAGAAAAAGGAUGGGAUGAGGAUACUCAAGAAAUACAUGAAGGGAAACUCCGCUUUUCUUCCUCUGGGGGAGCUUUGAAGAAACAGUUAAUGAAUCACACUGUAUCAAGGCAUAAGUUUGCCACUGUACAGCCUCCUGAAAGGCCUUUGUGUGCCGAGGAGUGGAGUAGACUGAGGGAAAGUUUUCAGUCCCCAGAAUUAUUUGAAGAAGUGAUGUUUAACAGUAUGAUCAGAUACAACAGCCCCAUUGACGUGGCUAAGUCCUUACUGACUCAUGUGGCAAAGAGUAAUGGUGACAUUGGGUAUAAUUUAUUGGUCAAAUAUCUGGCACUGUGUGUCCAACAAGGGAAAACUUCAGAAAUAUGUGAUAUGUACGACAUAUUGAAAAUCAGAUUUAAGACGUUAGAGAGUGGGGCUUACAACCUUCUUAUCAGAGGACUGAGUAAUUCAGAUCAGUGGAGAAUGGCACUUACUCUUUUGGAAGAAGUUAAAAGGGUUACAGUUCCUUCACGAUCAAACUAUGAAUCCUGCAUCAAAGCAGCUGGCCGUCACCAAGAAAUGACCCUUGCUUGUGAACUUUAUCAUGAAAUGUUGGCUAAGGAUUUAGUGCCAACCUUGGAUGUCCUGCAGGCCCUUUUUGACCACAGCAGGGGUAUGAAAAAUUCUGCAUUACAAAAAGAGCUGUUUGGUAUCCUCUUAUAUUUGAGAGAGAACCAAGUAUACCCUCACAAAACACUUAUGCGGAGUAUAAAGCUGUGGUUUGAAAGUAUACCAGGAGAGAACUGGAAAGGACACCUGACCAAUAUUAAAGACAGUGGACAGUGCCCAGUUUGCAGCCAUCAGCUGGAAGAUAGUGAGCUCACUGAAGAGGAAUACAAUAAUUUGAGAGAGAGAAUAAUUAGAGAUGUGAUACAUGGGACUGACACUUUCAGAAAGACAAGUCCGCAGGAAUUUGAAGCCUUUCAAACAUUUGUGGAAAAUCGACUUCCAUUCGAUAUCGUUAUUGAUGGACUCAAUAUUUCCCAUAUAAUGCCCAGAAAGGUGCAGUGUGAAAAUCUAUUUGAGGCUGUCAACUGCCUGGCAAAGGACUAUGCCCGUUUACUUGUGCUGGGCCGCAAACACAUGCUGACCAACUCUUCCAAUUGGAAAAGAGAGGUUAUGAAGGAAAUGCAGAAUAAGGCAGACUUUUUCUUUGCUGAAAAUAUUUCUGAAGAUGAUGCCUUCUUGUUAUAUGCCACUCUCCGGUCAGGCAAACAUUGCAAAUUUGUUACAAGAGACUUCCUCCGGGAUCACAAAGCUUGUCUUUCUGACAGCGUUACUCGUCAUCUGUUCCGUAAGUGGCAGCGUGGACACCAAAUAGUGUUUUCCUCUUCUGCAGGAGGAAAACACAUAAAAUUUUUGCCUGCUUGCAGUUAUGACUGUGUGGUACAGACAACUGGUGACACAUGGCAUAUCCCCUAUAAAGACACUUUUGAGGAAAAAUAUUCAUAUGAAAUACCAAGAAAAUGGCUUUGCCUUCAGCAGAAAUACAGAACAACAUAAUUGCACAAGCGGAAGCUUCUUCUAUGAUGUUUUUUUGUUUUUGUUUUUGUUUUGCUAGGCAGCUGCUGCUGCAAAUUAGCAGUACAAUUAUGGGAUUAAUGUAUGAGGCCUAUAACUAAAGAAAAUUCAGUAACUGCUUUUUGUCAAACUCAUUCUUGUUAUAAACCUGUGGACACAAACUCUAGUCCAGUAAGGAUGAAUUAGGUCUGUUAUUUCCAUCUUAACAAGCAAUUUCUGUACCUUCUCUACGUGAUUUGAAUUAAAACUUGUUUUUCCCUCUGGAA